AUGGCGGUGCGCGGCGCCAGCACCUUGACGCCCUUCUCCAUCCAGGCGAUCCUCAACAAGAAGGAGGAGCGCGGCGGGCGGGCUGCGCCCGAGGGGCGCCCGGCCGCGGGGAGCACGGCGGCCCUGGCGGCGGCGGUGGCCGCGGCGCCGGCCGUCUGCUGUUGGCGGCUCUUUGGGGAGACGGACCCGGGCGCUCUGGGGGGCGCCGAGGACUGCCUGCUGGCGUCUCCCGCCGGGAUCCGAACGGCCGCGGGGCUGACGGCCGAGAGCCCGGGGGCCUGGGAUUCCGACUCCGCCGUCAGCGAGGAGAACGAGGGCCGCCGGCGCGGCGCCGACGCGCCCGGAGCCAGCGGGGCCGGCCGCCCCGGGGGGACCCUGGGCCUCGAUCCGCCGGGCUGCCAGCUGCACGCCGCCGCCCGGGACCUGGAGGAGGACGCCGCGGGCCGCAGCGACAGCGAGAUGUCCGCCAGCGUUUCAGGCGACCGCAGCCCCGGAGCGGAGGACGAGCGUGCGGGCCCCGGGGGGGCGCGCGUGGCCGGCCCGGGCGGCGGCGGCGGUGGCGGCGCGGGCGGCCGCGGAGGCGCCGGGCCGGCGGGCGGCGCGGAGGAGGAGGACGAGGACGAGGAGGACGAGGACGAGCCGGUGGCUCCCAAGCCCCGGAAGAAACGGUCGCGGGCCGCCUUCUCGCACGCGCAGGUCUUCGAGCUCGAGCGCCGCUUCAACCACCAGCGCUACCUGUCCGGGCCCGAGCGCGCCGACCUGGCGGCGUCCCUGAAACUCACCGAGACGCAGGUGAAGAUCUGGUUCCAGAACCGGCGCUACAAGACCAAACGCCGCCAGAUGGCCGCCGACCUGCUGGCCUCGGCGCCCGCCGCCAAAAAGGUGGCCGUCAAGGUGCUGGUGCGCGACGACCAGAGACAGUACCUGCCCGGCGAGGUGCUCAGGCCGCCCUCGCUCCUGCCGCUCCAGCCCUCCUACUACUACCCGUACUACUGCCUCCCGGGCUGGGCGCUCUCCACGCAGUGA